UCUGUUCAUCGUAUGUCGCUAUAGUCUAUUCCGCUUUGACUUGGUUCCUCUCAUUAUAUUAAAAUUCAAUUGCUUCCGCGUACUCGAUAGAAACGGACGUGUCUCUGCAAACUUUAAGAAGUACUUUAGUGAGUGAGUGUGAGAGUGCACAGAUUCUUGGUUCUUUUGGGAUUAUAUAAAUUCAGCUGAAUUAUCAUGAAUACCCAGGUAGAAAACCAUAGAAAAAGGGUACAGGAGAUCAUAAAGGAGGAAAGAGGAAAAAUGUUGGAGGAAGUUAAGAAGGAAAUUGAAAGAUUAGAAUUUAAAGUAAUAAAAUAUAAGAAUAAAUUGAUAAAUGCACUAGAAACAAGAAACGAAAUUUCAAAAUUAAUAGGGGAGGAUAAUAAUGAAGAAAAAGAUGACAGCGUAACAACGGAGGAAAAUGGGAAUGAAGGAGGAUAUGAUCGCAAAAGAGAGGAAGAAAUACUAAAGAAGAAGAGGGAAAGCAGAAUCAAAUAUUGGGCAGAAAUGUCAACGCAGCAAGAGAGAGAAAAGAAUUAUGAAGAAUGGGAGAGCUAUCGAAAGAAAAAUGGAAAGGAAGUGAUGGAAUGGAUGAGAGAGGGAGGAAAAUGA